GUCCGGGAGCUGGGGGGCCGCCGUUGUGUCGGGGCUUCCCCGGACGGAUGGCUGGUGACCGUCGAUCUCGAACUUAAUCCUCGCGUGCUGAACCCUCUCACCCGAGAAGAGCUCCCUCUGCCUUCCCUCUUCUCCCUCUUCCCCUCUCCGGGUACGGUCCGUGUUCUUCGUGAUGUCACCGAUGGCUUGUUUACAGUCUUAGACAAUGGACCUUACAUUACGGAAAUUUGGCGCACAAAGAAGGCCUUUCGUGACGAGUAUAUUAUAAAGGUCGUCCUGACUUCUGCUCCACCUUCCGGCUUUGCGGCGGUCAUUUAUGGUUGUAAUCCGUCGAAGACCCACCUAGCUUUAGCGAGAGUAGGAGACGCAUCAUGGACCCCUGUUCAGUUCGACUCAAAACUACAGUCUGUAGAGGAUAUUUUUUAUCACAAAGAGAAGGAUAAACUUUUUGUUGUAACCUCAUUAGGCUCUGUGUUCUGUUCUGAUCUCCACAUCAGGGAUUGGUCAAGUGAAAUCAAAAUAUUGAAACUCAGAAGCUUUGCAAGUUGGAGUGAUAAAAAACCACUCUUGGGUUGUAUUGGCUUCAACAGACACAUUAUCUUCUCUUCCGGUCGACUGCUACAAAUAUGUAGAAAAGUAGAUGCGGAGGAGGAGGAAGAAGAAGAGGAGUUUGAUCCUUUCGCCGUUAAGGCACAGACAAUGGGUGUUCAAAUCACCAUGAAACAGCGCGACGGCGAAACAUCAAGAUGGAUUCCGGCUAAAGCUAGUGAUUUGGACGAUCAAGCAAUAUUUAUUGGUUGCAAUCAUGUUUUCUCGGUUCCUACUGCAGGUAGGCCUGGGCUGAGAAAAAACUCAGUUUAUUUCACAGGGACGAAGAGAUAUUGUUCAAAUUGGAACCUGCAGGUGCGUGAUGCUGCUGUGUUCGACGUGGAGACCGAUGCUUUCCAGAGGUUUUUCUCUUUGGAUUCGCAGUUUAAUUGGCCGCCUCUAGUAUGGUUUAUGCCCUCUCGGCUUCAUUUUGAUGUUCUUUCCUAAUUAAGGUUUGA